AUGAAUCCUUCUAACUUCCUGUCCAAGUCAGCCAUUAACGUAGAAAAAGCCAUUAAGAACCAAAACGACUUAGCGCUGAUCGUUUUGAAGAAUCUCUUCUCUACCAAAGCCAAACACUCUAACACUGUUUUCUCUCCGGCGUCUAUAAACUCCUCGCUCACAUUGGCGGCUUCUGGUCCCAACGGUUCUGCAGUCUCCGAUGAGAUACUCUCCUUCCUGAGGUCUUCUUCAACCGAUGAAAUCAACGCGGUCUUCAGCAAGAUCGUCUCUGUCGUCUUCGCUGACCAUAGCGCGGAUGGUGGACCAAAGAUCUCAUCGGUCAAUGGCGUAUGGAUCGAGAAAAUGCUACCCAUUGAUCCAUCGUUCAAGGAUCUCUUUGAGAAUGUCUUCAAAGCUGUUUUCGAUCGUGUAGACUUCCGAUCACAGGCUGAACAAGUGCGCCAAGAGUUGAAUAAAUGGGCUGAAGAUCAUACCAAUGGUCUCAUCAAAGAUCUUCUUUCUCCUGGAUCCAUCUCGAGUCUAACCAACUCUGUUUAUGGAAACGCACUGUACUUCAAAGGAGCUUGGGAAGAUCCAUUCGACAAGUCUUACACGAUGGCCAGAGAGUUUCACCUUCUCAGUGGAACCUCAGUGUCCGUGCCAUUCAUGAGCAGCUACAAGUCCCAAUACAUAAAUGCUUAUGAUGGUUUCAAGGUCCUCAGGAUACCGUAUCUACAAGAUAACAAUCGCAGCAUUCAUUAUCUACAAGGAGUUAUUGAUAACAAUCGCAGCUUCUCUUAUCAACAAGGCAGUGUUGAUUACAGUCGCACCUUUCCUUAUCAACAAGGCGGUGUUGAUAACAAUCGCACCUUUCCUUAUCAGCAAGGUGGUGUUGAUAACAAUCGAACCUUUCCUUAUCAAAAAGGCGGUGUUGAUAACAAUCGCAGCUAUCCUUAUCGACAAGGAGGUGUUGAUUACAAUCGCAGCUUUCCUUAUCAACAACGCGAUGUUGACAGCUUUCCUUAUGAACAAUGUGGUGUUAAUUACAAUCGCAGCUUUCCUUAUCAACAAGGUGGUGUUGAUACCAAUAACAGCUUUUCUUAUGGACAAGGCGGUGUUGAUAACAAUCGCAGCUUUCCUUAUCAGCAAGAAGGUGUUGAUUACAAUCGCAGUUUUCCUUAUCAACAACGCGGUGUUGAUUACAAUCGCAGUUUUCCUUAUCAACAAGGUGGUGUUGAUAACAAUCGUAGCUUUCCUUAUUGGCGCAGCAUACGAACUAGAUAA